GUUGGUGAGAGAGACAAGCUUGUGAGCUUACAAAGACGGAGCUCUUUUCAGGCCUGGGAAAGGGACUCCAUCCUGGCCUCCCAGCUCAGUGCGAGGUGGAGCAGAAGUUCUGAGCACCCAGAUCUCCAACUGAAGUCCAUGGGAGCUGCAGAGGCUCAGGACUAAGUCGUCUCAAAUUGAGAAGCUGCCAGGAAGUGGCCAAUCCUUGAAAAUAUGGUUGUCAGCGACUUGCCUAAAAUCACACAAAGGUUGCAGCUGACAGACUUCCUAGAAGGGAAAGCUGCAUGACAGCUGAUCACAAACACUGGCAACCUGUUUACUUCUGGACACUGCCCAAAGGAUUGCUCAAUCGUCAGUGAUCCAUUCAUAGUGGGGCCAUGGAGGGAGAUGAAACAGCAUCGAGCCACCCCUCAGAGGACAGCAGCAUACUGGACCUUCCCUCUGCAUACGACAUAACAGACAGCUUCCUGCCAGAGCACGGCACUGGGACCAGUGAGGAGCCUUGUAGUUCUGUGGAUACUUUUGCCUCAUCAGCAUGCUUAGGUGCUAGUCGCCCAGAUCCUGAAGAAGCUCAGCAGGCAGCUAGCAUGAGCAUUUGGCAUAGACACGGUGAGGAAGCAAAUCCUAGACAUCGCCUGCCUGCAGAGCCCUUUCAACCUGCUGAACCUAGUGGGAUUCCAUCCUCUUGGACAUAUGAGCAAGAGGGCACAGAAGACAUCAGUAUUAGAAAGUCUCUAGAUAGCUUCUAUGAAACAUAUUGUCAGCUGCAGCCCGGCAGAGGGGAUCCCACAUACAAUUCAGCUUCAGAAUGGCUCUCUCUCAAAAUUCAGGACCUGGCAAACAAGGAAGGAAGAAAAUAUUCCUUGUGCAGUCUCCACAUGGCCCAGAUGGUCUUGAACAGAGAUGGGUGUAAGGUCUUUCCAAACCAUGCCAGCAAUGCUUGUUUCUCAGCACCAGCUAAUGGAGAAGUUGCAUUGGAAGGAGGACAGCGAACACCGGGACUGUCAGAUGAUGUCCUCCAAUUUCUCUUAAAACAGAAUGUGAUGAAAUCAUAGGGCCUGAUGUAUGGGGCUCAGGGACGGGUGAGCAAGCUGUUUAUUUGAUUUUGAUGCCUCUUUUAGGAGAGGGCACCUUGUGGUAUUUAGCUCCUGCUCUGAAUAGGUACAGCUCUGCCUCAGGAAAGGUCAAUCCUUCCUUGAGCCUCCCAGAGUUGGAGGAACAUGCCACUUAAACUGCAAAAUCACCCGUUACAUCUUCUCUCCUGCUCCCAGACUCCAGCGUGAAUUUCACAUAUGUAUUGAACUUGUUUCCCAGCAUCUGAGCGGUGACUCUGGUGCUUAGUGGACUUGUUCUCCAGUUCCAACUGUUGUGAUUAUCCUAAAGCUCACCCUGUGAUCAUGGGCUAGAAGACAUGCCCUUCUCUGAAACUGCCCAAAGGUCUCUCCAUACUCCGAUGCUAGGGGGUGCUUAUACAGAGCUAGAUCCUGCUACCUUCAUACUCAGCAAAUCUUACUCCUCAAGUAGCUCCCAUUUAUUUCCAUAGGGCUAUUCACAGAAUGCGAUGCUAUUCAGUGAGAGUUAGUGUGUCAGUGUGGCCCAUAAUGACAAGGCUCUCUACCACCACCAUUUGGAUAUCAAGCCCUUAUCUCUGUAUCAUCUAAGAUUUCCAGCAACCAGGGCUGCUUAACCUGCCUGAACCCCCCGCACUGAGACCUAUCCCUUUUAUACUUGUUCCAAUGUUUGUAAGUCCCAUUUACUGCAACAAACAGGAUAUGGAGUGCACAAGCCUAGGCAGAUAUCUUUACAGGGUGUGUAGGCUUGGAAUAAUUAGAUUUGUAUUGGCAGAUGUCAGUUUCACCAUGCAAAAAAUAUUUUCAUCAAUCAUUGACAUUUACAGAUAAGCAGCAUUUUUCUUUGCCUGAGAACUUAGUUUGCUCUGAGGAUAUUUACUGUGUAUAUUUUGACAUGUGAUGCUGACCAUUUGAGUUUUGGUGAUUACGUUUUUUACAUUUUUACUUUUUUUUAAUCUCAAUGUCUGUCAAUUAUUGUCUGAUCCCCAGACCAUAAUUUCCUGCAACUGUACAAAUUUAACAAAAAGAAAAGGAGGAUUGUGGCACCUUAGAGACGAACAAAUUUAUCUGAGCAUAAGCUUUCGUGAGCUACAGCUCACUUCAUCGGAUGCAUUCAGUACAAAUUUAAAUGGAUAAACAUUGAAAAAAAUGCUUAAAGACAGAUAUUGUCCAUCAAAGUAAUUAAAAAUAGCCUGUCAUAGAAACAUCAUACUGUACCUAGUCUGAUAUUCUGCAGAAACAAAAGAAUAUUUAUAUAAAACCAUUAUGCAACCUCCUUCCCUGAACAGACUGACAACUGUGUCCACUGUGUGUCCACGAGAGAAAAAACCUGGUUGUGAUCUCACACCAGUUUAACGCCAUUGGCAUAGAUGGAUUUACUCCUGAGAGUAUGGAUUUACUCUUGAGAAUCUGUCUGUGUCUUAGAGAUGCUAAUUGAAAAUUAAUUGGCUUCAUACCAGUUAUUUCCCCAUUCACCUUUCAAGAAGAUGUCUGUAAAUGCACUGGCUUAAACUAUGUGUUAAAAAUGUGAUGGAGACCUGGAUACACCACUUGAAAAAAGUGAGAGCUAGAAAUGCUACCUCUGGAUGGCUUGUAGCAUUAGCAACCUCAUGCUGAUGCUUAUAGCUCAAGGGAGCUAUCACCAGACAGUAAAUCCCCAACCUCCCACCCCGCCCUCCGUAUGGACUGUAGAGAGACAACCUGAAAAAUAUUUAAGGGUUGAGAGGUAUUAGUAUGUCUGAGAUACUCAGGAAAUGGGACUCCAGGGAUGUGUUCUUCAUAGUGAAGGCUCCUGUGCAAAGCAUAUGUCUGCUGCUUUGCUGUUAAAUUGUUGUGGGAAGCAGAUGACCAAGCUCAAGGAUUUCAGCCAUUUUAAACAAAAGAGCUGGUACAAUUCACCGUAGCUCCAUCGACCUGCACUGAUUUCUCCACAGCUUGAUCUGUCCAUUAACAUCAAAGAGGCUGUGUCCCUUUACGCCAUCUUAGGAUUUGAGUGAGUUAAUAUUUAUAUCUCACAUACAGCCCAUUCGUUGAUGUUAUUCUUUGUCACUCCUAUAAAGAAUGCCUAGAGAUUACUUUCCUGGUAUGUUGACCGAUAGGAGGGAAUUGUACUUUAGAAUAUUUUUUCUAUAUACUUCUGUUUUGGUGUGGUUUUUGUUACUGUAUUAACAGCUGAUAAGCAGUUGACAGCUGGUUACAGCAGUUCAUCUAUUUCUCUGUGGGCUGUUAUUCUGUCUGUCCUGAUCCCUUUACUACUACGGUUUUACUUAGGCAAAAUGCCUGUUGGCUUCACUGAGAGCUGUGACUAAGUUACGGACUUCAGGAUUUGGCCCAUUAUUACUUUUUCAUUGUUGAUUGUUUGUCUAGUUACACUGGAAGGUGAUUGAAAGCAAUCACGGGGGGGGGGAGGGACAACCCUAUUUCAUAUCACUGGUUGCAGCCUUCCACAUGCAGUUUUUAUAACACACUGGGCCUGAUCCUGAUAUCAGUGGGAGUUCUAAGAGACCAGUUGUCUUCUCCCUGGCACUGGUGAAAAGCAGGAGUAACUCCAUAGGCAAUCUAUACAGUUACGUUGAAGUGAUUGAGAAGAAUAAGGCCCAAGGUGCACAAGGAAUGCAGGAUCAGGCCCUCCACCUAAACCUUUGUUGGAAACAUGCUGAGAUAGCAAAUAGCUUUAGUUUGAUCUCUGUCUCCGAUGCAGCUGUCAGUCAGACUGAAGCAGCUCUGGUACGAGCUGUGCCCUGUGAAAUGAUGUUUAGCCAGGAUCAAACAGCGCUUCCUUUCCUAGCUCAGUCAUUUAGGUUUCUUUUAUUCAGUCACUGUAGUCUUAAUUUUUUAAACAUUAUGUUUUUAAUUAUUUAAAGGGGACACGCAGGUGAAAAACUAUCUCCUUACCUAGCUCAUUAACACCACAGGUUUGACCUAGGGUAGGUCUGCACUGCAAUCAGAGGUGAGACUGCAGCAUGUGUAGACAUAGCUAGAUCAAAGCUCGCUUAAGUAUCUUGACUAACAACAGCAGUGAAACCACAGCAACACAGCACAGACGGUACACGCCCACCCAGGAUCAACUAGCCUGAGCUUCGCUGCUAUUGUUACUUGAGAUACAGAGAUCAAAGCUAGCUCCAGUAUGUCUACACAUGCUGCAGUCACACCCCUGAUGCAGGGUAGAUAUAGCCUUAGGCCUCCUCUACGCCAGGAAAUUAGGUCAGUGUAACCAUGUUUCUGAGGAGUGUGAAAAAUCUACACCCCUGAACAAUACAGUUAAACCAACCUAACCCCACUUGUAGACAGCGCUAGUUGAUGGGAGAAUUCUCCUGUCGACCUAGCUCCUGCAUCUCCAGAAGGUUAAGUCCUAUGCCCAUGGGAGAACCCCUCCUGUCAGUAAAAACAACAAGGAGUCCUUGUGGCACCUUAGAGACUAACAAAUUUGGGCAUAAGCUUUCGUGGGCUAGAACCCACUUCAUCAGACAGACUAACACGGCUACCACUCUGAAACCUGCCUGCCUGCAUAGGUAGCUUCUUCACGGAAGUGCUACGGUGGCGUAGCUGCACCGCUGCAGUGUUUUAAGUGUAGAAAAGGCCUCGGUUUUCACAAUUUAUGCUGUUUGCUUGCUCUAUACACAUUCAUUCAGCAAUUCAACGAGUCCAUUUCACUUCUGUUUCUCAGCAGUUUUCAAUGUCUGGUUCUGAAGCUCAGGCAAAAUGCUGGAAUAUUUGGAUUGCAAACCCGGCAGGAGAAAUUUUUGGGGAAGUGGGGUGAAAACAGUUUUUGCUGUUUUUUCUUCUCUUUUUACUUCAUGAAAAGACCUCUAGUGUUAGCAUUUGUAAAUUCUAAAAAGAUCACCACCACCACCACACACACACCCCCUAACAACUUUGGAUCAGAUUUUCAGAAGUCUUUAGACACCUACUGGGAUGUUCAAAGGUGCUUAAGCAGGUUAGGCACUUAGGUCCCGUUGAAACCAAUGGGAAGUAGACGCCUCAGUUGUUUAGGUGCUUUUGAAAAUUCCACUGUUGAAAAUCUGGCCCUUUCAGCCUUAAAUAUCUGCCUGUCCCCACUUUAAGGUGCAGUGUUCAGUAUCUGCAGAGACACUUGCUGUUAAGAGGUGUUUACAUCAGUUCUCUCUAGUUCAGUCAUUUUUAUUAAAUGAAAAAAGAUCUCCACAGUGAACAAACGCUACAUCAUUCUUUCUCCACUCACUGCCAAUUAAUUUUUUACAAACCUAUUCUGGAACCUACUGUAUAUGCUUCCACCUCUGCUAAAAAGCCAGAUCGUUUGCAUUACUCAUUUCCUGAUAAACAUCUAUCUGCUGUUUCUUAUUCAAGAAAUUGGGAAACAAGUAUAUCCCUCCCCUUUGUCAACGGGUUUAAGCAAAAAAAUGACUGCUUUCAACACUUUAAGGAAAUGGAAUCAGUGCUUAAUUUAUGCCAGGGCUGAGCCCCAGCACCUCUAGGCUAAGCAGUUCAUAGCCCCGGCAUCUCUGGGCUUGCUCCAUCAGUUAUGAAUGUAAAAAGUUGCUUGACCCCCAGAACCUCUUUAAUUACAAAUUAAGCACUAUCUGGCAUUUUAUGGUGCUAGAGAGAUAUUGCAAUAAUAAAUAUCACUUGCAAGCAACAGCACAUCUGGUCUAAUUGAGGUCAGCAUCUGAAUUUUUACAAACUAAUUUGCAAAUAUAGGAUGAGUUACAUGGAAUGAACUAAGCAGUUUUCAUAUUUACCAAAUUAAAAUGUUCUGGGUUUGUUGUUGUUUUUGAAAUAAAAACACUUGAUGAAAAAAAAUAGUGGGGAGUUUUACGUAGGGCUGAAUUCUGACACCUUGACUCCAAUAGUCCCAUUGAUAUGGGACUCAGUAAAAUAACUACUCAACAGGGCUAGUUCUUUAGUGCUAAGGCCCCUUUAUGCCGCUCCAGCACAUGAAAAGAUGGGAGUUGCCUUACCAAGUGGGAGGUCAGUCCCACUUGGUAAGGCAACUCCCAUCUUUUCAUGUGCUGUGUAUUUAUACCUGCUACCGUAUUUUCCACUCCAUGCAUCUGAUGAAGUGUGUUCUAGCCCACGAAAGCUUAUGCCCAAAUAAAUGUGUUAGUCUCUAAGGUGCCACCAGGGAUCCUCAUUGUUUUUCCUGAUACAGACUAACACUGCUACCACUCUGAAUCUUGAGGAGUGGGCGUCUUCUAAUGAAAAAUUGAUCCUGGUUCCUGUGAAACCAGCUAGCUCUGCAACAGACUGGACUUUGGGGCAGGGGAACCAACUUUAUUAGCUAGGAAAGGUAACUUCAUACAGUGGAGAUCCAGGUUCACAUUUUAUCAGUUUGUUUUGUAUUGUAACCAUUUGUUUCCAUCACUCUCUUUUUUCUAGUAGUAUCUUUUAUCCUUUCCUAAGCUUUCUUUUGUUUUAUUACAAGUGCUGUGGUAUACAGGAGAAGGUGGUUUACUGGAGUACACUACACCUUUGAGGGCAGAAGAUCUGGGAUUUCCCUGAUUAGCCCGUGUCAGGGCUGGAUAUCACAGGAACAGCUUCAAAGGGACCCAGGAACUUGGGUGCACCUGUUCUUAACUGCAAGUCAAAGACAGGGCUGGCAUAGCCCAGAGGAGAGAGUGUGUGGGUGGCUAAAAGGCUGGUGGUGUUAGGCAGCUGACACCCAGUGAGGCAUGGGCAAAGCUCCCUCAUGCUAGAGGUAAUAAGGUGACAUAGUCCUGGGUACCCUGAGAACUGUGUCACCUCCUACUCCUCAGCAGAGCUGCAGAAAGGCCACUGGGCAGAAGUAGCCUCAGUGGAAUGGCCCCUCCGGCAGCACCAAUUCCUGGCAUGUCUGCCUGAAUCUGGCCCCACGGCCCAGCUCAGCCAGUCGUCGGGUGCACACCAACCUUUCCCCUUCCCCAGAACAAGCAGCCUGUGGUGCCAGAAGUGUGUGGGGAGGAGCUGGGGAGGCAGGAAGAUACUGAGGGGAAUGCAGCCUCUGGGGGAGUUUGGGGAGCUCAACUGCAAAGCCACCCUUGUGGAGAGGUGGUGAGUAGUAGAGGGGCAUGGUUGAGCCUGGAAGAAGACUUCUGCCCUUUUACCAGAAUCAAUGGCUAUGUUGGUUAGGCUCUGCAAAGGUGCAGGCUCUUCCCCGCAAACUCAGCCCACGCUGGGAUACGUCAUCCUAGAGACCUGCACCCCUGACAUAGAGCAGACCACAUCCCUCCUCUUGAGAGCUGGCUCAACCACGGUCUCUGCUGGCCUGUCUGGAUCCUAGAACUCCCUGAAUAGAUUUGCUCCAGGACCAUAAUGCAUACUUUCAAUAUACUUCCAUUAUUCCUUAACUAUUACCCAUGCAUACAUCUUGAAUGGAUUAUGAAUUUUGACAAGUUAUGAGCUUUCUAUAUAUACUUCAUGUGCUACUCUUUAUGGACAUAUAUCCUGCAAGACA